CCGCCGCACGUGCUGAGUCAGGGCACUGCGUGCUCUUAACUCGAUACACCCCACGGACAGAUCACAGACAUGAGUCUAAUCUCCCUUCGAUCUUGCUGUCAUUGAGCUUUACACUCAGACAAUAUGUCCUGCCUUGAUGCAAUCGUCAUUGGUGCCGGACCGUCCGGCAUCUCCAUGGCGUACACAAUGAAGCACAAACUGGGCUUCAGCGACUUCACCAUCUACGACAAGCUGGAUGGUGUCGGCGGAACCUGGCGCACGAAUACUUACCCUGGUGUCGGUUGCGAUGUUCCGACCAUUUUGUACUCAUUCCACUUCAACCUCAAUCCGAACUGGUCCAAGGAGCUGUGCGAUGGCCCAGAGAUCCUCGACUACAUGGAGGCAACAGUUGACAAGUUUGACUUGAGAAAACACAUGCACUUCUCGGUUGAGUGCUUGGGCGCAAAUUGGAACAAAGAGACCAAGAGGUGGGAUGUGCACUUCAAGGAUCAGAGAACAGGCUUGGAAUUCAUCCGCAGUGCCGCUGUCUUCAUCUCAGCCGUCGGCGGGAUCUCGUAUCCAAGAGACGUGAAAUUCCCGGGUAUGGAGAAGUUCAAGGGCGCCAUGUUCCAUACAGCACGGUGGGACCAUUCAUACGACUACACGGGCAAGCGAAUGGCUGUUAUUGGAAACGGUUGCUCAGCUGUGCAGGUCGUUCCAGCGGUGGUCGACAAGGUGGCGUCUAUAAAGCAGUAUGCCCGAUCGGCACAGUGGUACCACGAGCGACCAAAUCGGCAUUUUACCAAGGCUGAGACUUGGGCGUUUCGCUAUAUCCCUUUCUGGGAGCGAUGGAAAAGGCUCCAAUUGUUCCUGGAAAAUGACGAUCUUGUUGCAACUUACAUGCCCGGAGCCAAGGCUACGGCGAAGCGGGCCAAGGUUGAAGAUCAUGCGAAGAGAUACAUCUUCUCAAGAGCACCGAAGAAGUAUCACCACUUCUUGGUCCCAGAAUUUCCGCUAGGUUGCAAGCGCCGUAUCUUCGACCCGAACUACCUGGAUGCCCUAAAUGCACCGAACCUCGAACUUGUACCCGAGGGUAUCCAAGAAUUUGAUGAAACUGGCAUAGUCAGUGAAACUGGAAAGAAGGACGAAUUCGAUGUCAUCGUGCUGGCCACAGGCUUCCAGGUUCAACAGUUUCUGACGCCCAUGGAGGUGCUUGGCAAAGGAGGAAAGUCUCUGAACCAACAAUGGAAGGAACAUCGUGGUGCUCAGGCGUACAUGGGAUCAUUCGUGCACAAUUUUCCCAAUUUCGCGAUUCUCUUCGGACCAAACACCUUCCCAGCACACAACUCUGCGCUUUUUACGUGCGAAGUGCAGGUCGAUUUCGUCGCACGCAAUCUUCUUGCCCCUCUCCUUGACCGGAGAGCUGACAUAAUUGAGGUCAAGGCCACAUCCGAAAGCCAAUGGGUCAAUGGCAUUCACGAACAGUUACAAGGAUCAGUGUUCCAGGCUGGAUGUUCGAAUUGGUACAUCAACGAGCACGGUCGAAAUGCUGCUAGCUGGCCCGGAUAUGCAAGUGCUUACUGGAAGGAAACGUGUAUACCUCGUACAGGUGUUUUCACAACCGAGGGCGGUUCAUAUUUCUGGAUUCUGAGAACUUUGCGGAGAUGGCUGAAGACGACAGGUUGGACCACGUAUGGACUUGGUCUGCUGAUCAUUGGUAUAGGAGUCUGGAGGAGGCACAUGAAGCUUAACGUCUCUCUGGUGGAUAUGUCGCGGGCGAUUGGGGCUCGCAUCGCGAGCAUUUUGAAUCGCUAGCGAAAAAAUAGUGACAUAGCACUAGCUGGUUGAAAGUUACUGCACGAAAGUAAAAUCUCCCUGGGAAUCCUCAGGUCAUCCUCGACUUCAUGAGAGGUCUACUGUGCUUGCCUGCCUCUUGAACCCUACACAAUCUGGACCGAUCAUGCACCGAGGCCUUGGGCGCCGGAAGCGUUCUCCCAACUAGGAUCAUCUCGCAUUCGCGUAUUUGAAUAUAAUAGUGACGUCCAAUGCGCCCGAAGUAACAAACUCGUUGGUCGGAAUUCAUUUUCCGUGCAAGUCGAUUUGGAUCUGUAACCCCGCUGGUAGAGUGACCCCGCUUUACGCUUAGACAUAGAACCGCUUGAUGACGUGAAAGUAU